CGCGAGCACAAAGUAUGCGUCCAAUAAUCAUAAAAGCUAAAUAACUGCAAUAAAAAAAUCGCGUUAGCAAACUAGAUUUUCUUAAUCAAGUAAAGUAGCAAGCGCAUACUUGAAAGGUUGCGGCCAGACGCCUUCAACGGUAUCACCAACGCCUUCGCAGCAAAACACUCAAAAGAGAUAAGAGAAGACGUUAAAUUUCGCCAAUAUUCUUUACAACCUCAUAUUAUAUAAUUAAUGGGCGCCCAUAUGACACCGCUAAAAUUUGUUUAAAUAGCAACGAUAAUAAGUAGGUUUUAUGCGAUCUAACUUCUUGAUAAAAAAUCGCUCUGAACAUAUAAAUCGGCGGCCAGGAUGAGCGUUAGAAUCAUAAACGGUUUAAAGCUUGAGAACUUCACAUAGAACUUCUAAGGAACUCGUGAUUUUUUCUUUACAAAACAAAUAAAAAAAAAUGAAAGUCGUUCAGUUGUUGUUGGCAGUUGUUGUAAUCAAGCAGUGUUUUGGCCAGUAUUAUUUGAAUAUAACUUUGUUUGAUAUUCUUAAAAGUGCCCAGCAAAUCGCAACUGGACUCGCGGAAUCCCAAGGCAAUCAAUUGACGGCGGAUUAUUAUUUCAGAUAUACGACAAAUGCAGUGCUUGGAUUUCCAACGGUUUGGACCAUUACUGCCGUGAACGCUAUAUGCUCGGCAGUUUUGAGCGAGGAUGCCAUCCACCCUAGCCCGGAGGAUAUACCAGACGUUGAAGACAUUUCAAUUCAGCUACGCACACCAUGUAAUGUAAGAUCGUAUCCAAUAAAAGAACUGAUCAGAAUAGUGGACGAUCCCGAUUUCAAUAUCACCAAGAAAGUAGUUAUCGCGUCAUCAGGUUGGCUUACCAAUGCCAACACAUCGGAUAAUAUGCUUCAGGGAAUCGGCAAAGCAUACCACUGUCGUGGCGAUACAAAUUUUUUGGGAAUUGAUGUGGGAGGCUAUAUACAAACGCUCUACACCUGGUCUUCGCUGAAUACACAACGAAUUGGCGAACUACUCGCAAUUGCAUUAGUGGAUUUCGUAGAAGUUGUGCCGUUGGAAAAUAUUCAUUUGAUGGGCCACAGUUUGGGCGCACAAAUCGUGGGAGAAACAGGACGACAUUUUUCACGCCUAACCGGUAAAAAAAUACCGCGUAUCACCGGUUUCGAUCCAGCCGGCCCGUGCUUUAAUUAUGGUGAAAGGCUGACGACGCUUUCGGAUAGCGAUGCCGCAUUCGUUGAUAUCAUCCACAGUGAUCCCGGUAUCGCCGGUCAGUCAGAGCCCACGGCGGAUGCGGAUUUUUUCGUUGGCGGCCGUUUUCCCAUACAAAAUGGUUGCACCGAUGCAUCUUGUUCGCAUGAACGAUCUUGGCAGUACUACAUGGAGUCGGUGUAUCCGGGUAACGAGUAUGAUUUUCCGGCUAUACGUUGUACAUCGCUCUUGCGUCUGGAGCAGGGACGUUGUGUGGGCGCUGAGUAUCCGAUGGGCAUUGCGACACCGACAAAUCUGCAGGGGUUAUUCAUACUAAGGGUAAACCCGAUCGAACCAUUUGGUAUGAAUGCUACAUUGAGUUAUACAAGUCCUCUAUCGCCGUGCGGUGCGUGUAUAUUCCCUAAUUUGAAUUAAUUUUACGAGUUACUAUGACGUAAUGCCUGCUUUGUGUUAUUCAGUUUCUCAUUAAAUAUUGCAGCACUUUCAUAAAGAUUUUUGUUUCGGAAUAUA